UUCCGCUUCUGUCGGCCGCCUUGGUGGAUGUAUUUCCGGUAGCGGCUGUUCGAGCGGCUGAAGCAAGAUGGGUCAAAGUCAGAGUGGUGGUCAUGGCCCUGGAGGUGGCAAGAAGGAUGACAAGGACAAGAAAAAGAAAUACGAACCUCCUGUACCAACAAGAGUGGGGAAAAAGAAGAAGAAAACAAAGGGACCAGAUGCUGCCAGCAAGCUGCCACUGGUGACACCUCACACUCAGUGCCGUUUAAAAUUACUGAAGUUAGAGAGAAUUAAAGACUACCUUCUCAUGGAGGAAGAAUUCAUUAGAAAUCAGGAACAAAUGAAGCCUUUAGAAGAAAAGCAAGAGGAGGAAAGAUCAAAGGUGGAUGAUCUGAGGGGGACCCCAAUGUCGGUAGGAACGCUGGAAGAGAUCAUUGAUGACAAUCAUGCCAUCGUGUCCACAUCUGUGGGCUCAGAACACUACGUCAGCAUUCUUUCCUUUGUAGACAAGGACCUGCUGGAACCAGGCUGUUCAGUCCUGCUCAACCACAAGGUACAUGCCGUCAUAGGGGUGCUCAUGGAUGACACGGAUCCCUUGGUCACAGUGAUGAAGGUAGAAAAGGCCCCCCAGGAAACCUAUGCUGAUAUUGGGGGUUUGGACAACCAGAUCCAGGAAAUUAAGGAAUCUGUGGAGCUUCCUCUCACUCAUCCCGAAUAUUACGAAGAGAUGGGUAUAAAGCCCCCAAAGGGGGUCAUUCUCUACGGACCACCUGGCACAGGUAAAACCUUAUUAGCCAAAGCAGUAGCAAACCAAACCUCAGCCACUUUCCUAAGAGUGGUUGGCUCUGAACUUAUACAGAAGUACCUAGGUGACGGGCCCAAACUCGUUCGGGAAUUGUUUCGAGUUGCGGAGGAACAUGCACCGUCCAUCGUGUUUAUUGAUGAAAUUGAUGCCAUUGGAACAAAAAGAUAUGACUCAAAUUCCGGUGGCGAAAGAGAAAUUCAACGAACAAUGUUGGAACUGUUGAACCAGCUGGAUGGCUUUGAUUCAAGGGGUGACGUGAAAGUUAUCAUGGCCACAAACCGAAUAGAAACUUUGGAUCCAGCACUUAUCAGACCAGGCCGCAUUGACAGGAAAAUUGAGUUCCCCCUGCCCGAUGAAAAGACUAAGAAGCGCAUCUUUCAGAUCCACACAAGCAGGAUGACGCUGGCCGAUGACGUGACCCUGGAUGACUUGAUCAUGGCUAAAGAUGACCUCUCCGGGGCCGACAUCAAGGCAAUCUGUACAGAAGCCGGUCUGAUGGCCUUGAGAGAACGCAGGAUGAAAGUAACAAAUGAAGACUUUAAAAAAUCUAAAGAAAAUGUUCUUUAUAAAAAGCAAGAAGGCACCCCUGAGGGGCUCUACCUGUAGCCACAUUUGCCUUCAAGGAGAUGGCCAGGAAGCUGCCAGAGGAACCUCGUCCAGUUGAUCUUUCUUAGCAAACCCCCCCCACCCCGUGCCCCUUUCUGAGCCUGAUGUGUAGGGCGCCCCCAGGCUGCCUUCCUGUGUCAGCCACGUGCAGUGUUCUCCCCUCAAUAAAGCGACUUCCUCCUCA